CCAAACAGAGUGUGAUCUGGAACAAACUGAAGCCCACGAGCCUGGUGAAGCUUUCAUUAUUGAGCACCUGCUGUACACCUCCUUGAGCUGAGGAGAGAGAUCAAGAGCUCACGGCCAAGAGGGGACCAGGCCCACCCACAAACACUGUUGAUGUGCGGCCCUGAGCUGUGGCAGGGAUGUGGCAAUGCAGAAGGGAGCCAGGGGAUGGGCUCCCAGCAAUCUGGGGGCCAUGGAGACUGGUUUGAGUACAGGUGCAGUGGGCUAGGGCUAGCCCUGGUGGUAGGAUUCACAGGUGUCAGGCUCCUGGGCUGCAGCUGCUCAGUCACUUCCUGGCACUCAGGAGCAUCAGUUCAUUGUCCUCAUGCCAGUGGUGGGGGCAGCCCUAAUGCACAGGGUCUGAAAAAUGCUCAGGUGUACUUGCAGUGUGUGAGAGGAAGGAGGCUGGUGAAGGUGGGCGUGGCCACCUCGCCAGGUGUGGGUCUUGAGGAAACUUCUACCUCCUUUCAGGUGGCACAGAAUGUGGCCCUGUACACAGGCGACCCCAACCUGGGGCUGGAGCUGUUUGAGGCAGCUGGAGACAUCUUCUUCAAUGGGGCCUGGGAGCGGAAGAAAGUCGUGUCCUUCUACCGGGACCAGGCCCUGCCCCUGGCAGUGACUAUGGGCAACCGCAAGGCGGGGUUGCGGCUGUGCAACAAGCUGGUGGCACUGCUGGCUACGCUGGAGGAGCCCCAGGAGGGCUUGGAGUUUGCCCACAUGGCCCUAGCACUCAGCAUCACUCUGGGGGACCGGCUGAACGAGUGCGUGGCCUACCACCGGCUGGCCGCCCUGCACCACCGUCUGGGCCACGGCGAGCUGGCGGAGCACUUCUACCUCAAGGCCCUGUCGCUCUGCAACUCACUGCUGGAGUUUGACAAGAAGACCCUCUACUACGUGAAGGUGUACCUGGUGCUCGGUGACAUCAUCUUCUAUGACCUGAAGGACCCGUUUGAUGCAGCCGGGUACUACCAGCUGGCACUGGCAGCUGCCAUGGACCUGGGCAACAAGAAAGCACAGCUGAAGAUCUACACGCGGCUGGCCACCAUCUCCCACAACUUCCUCCUGGACUGUGAGAUGUCGCUCGUCUUCUACCAGAAGGCCAGGACCUUCGCCACAGAGCUCAACGUCCGCAGGGUCAACCUGUGGGUGGGCCCCCUGGUUGGCCCCCAGCCACCCUCGCUGAGGACAGCAUCCGAGGGAGUGGGUUUUGUGCAAGGAGGAUGGUCUCCUGCCUCUCCUGGUGUCUCCCGUGGCUCAUUUUCUGGGAAAUGGAGGCAUGAAAGCAGGGUUCAAAUAGAAUAAAUGUUUUUUGUUUUUU